UGUUGCAUCCUCUGCUGAUUUCUCACGGUCCUUUCGUUUCUUUCCGUGCGGGUUCUUUUUUUAGGAGAAGUUGAGUUUCGCAUUUGCAGCUUUUCCAGGGGGAACACGCGGCGGUGGUGUUUCGAUCCGGUUCUUGUGUUCGCCAAAAAGUCCACUCUCUUUUCAGUUCAGCGCAGCUUUUGCCGCUCUGCAAAAGUGGCACUAAUUUUUUUUUCUCAGUUCAUCUAUCUUUUUGCCUUCUCUUUCCUUUUCCAUGGUAAGUUGAAUUUUAGUACUCUCUCGUUUUCCCCUCGUUUUAUGAUAAUAAAUCGAUAAAAAAAAGUCGCAUUUUGCUGCAAAGUAAUUCCCCUUUUUCAGUUCGCCAAACGGCAAUUAUGUUCUUCAGCCCUCUUUCCUUUCUUCAAGUCUCUUUACUGUUCCCAUGGACCGGAAAUUGCGCGCGCAGUACCCCAGAUGCAAUCUUCGGGCCUUUUCCCCUUCGCCCCGUAUUUUAAAAAUCCUUUUCUCGGGUGGAAAUUUUGCUUCAUGGACAGGCCCGAGUCGGCCUUUCUCUGAAUUCUCUGAAUCACAAGAGAUUUCCGUAUCUCUCUUUUACUUGGCCUCUGCAACUGGUUUGGGUAGUUGGCAUGUGAUGUGAGCGAAUAAUGGCACGAGCUGGGUUGUUGAGAGGAAGAUUAUAGUGUCUCUGCCUCCAUAUGGUUCCGGGUCGAGGGAUUCAACUGCAGCUCGGAAGGUGGGAAUUUUAUUUGUGUGUGGAAUCUUGACCCCAAAGGAAAGGAUUGGUGUUGGAACAUGCGCUAAAGGUGGAUGCUUCGAGCAUAAUUGACCUGCCGAAUUAAUUUACUACUGCUGCUUGGUUAGCUUCCACUGAUGGAAAUUCUCCAUUCCAAGCCACUACCGAUGCUGGAUUCUGGCCUCUUCAGAAAGGUUUACCAACAAAACUCUACCCAGCUAUGAUGAAUUAGCCGGAGAAUAAUCGAUGGCGACUGAGGUCAAUCAAACUUUUUUUGCCUGGUCACAAGGAGAAACAACUGACCUGGGUGUUUCUGAGGGAGUUUCUGUAUCCCAGACACUGAAUCAUGGUUCCAUAUCCUUCGGAAGAUUUGAACUUGAGUCACUAUCUUGGGAGAAGUGGUCUGUAUUUAGUAAUGACAAACGCCAUGAAGAGUUUGUUAAGUUCAAUGGUUUAGUAGCUCAGAAGAAGGCAUAUUUUGAAGAGUACUACAAGAAGAUCAGGGAACUCAAGGCUUCACAGCAGCAAAUUCAGCAAACUGAACUCACCUUGGAAUACAGUGGUGAUGGCAGUGAUUCAAGCCAAACAGAAGAUAUGCCGGCCGAAGAGCUCGAAACUCCCACAGGAUCUGGAACAAUUGCCUAUGAUUAUGUGGAAGGAGCUGCACAUGAGACCACAUCUGAACAGGGCAUGCAAUGCUACCAUGACCAUGAAGACGAGGACUUCCGUAACGAACUUUCGUCAUCCAAUCUUGUUUCAGAAGCCAGAAUUUCACAGCAAACCGACCAGGAUGGUAGAGAAAAUGCUCUUGGUGGUAAUUCAGAUUCCACCGUUGUUGAAAAUGCAGGUCUUGGUCAUGAUGGAGCAGCUUAUGAAAAUGCAAGGGCUCCUAGAAGAAAUACUGACAAAGACCCCAGACUUAGAUAUGCUUCAAUGAUAAUACCAAAAUCGGUCAAAACCGUUGCAGGCAGCCCUCUGGACCGGACAUCUGUUACUAAGACGCCUGGUUCAGUGAAGCCUAGCAUGACUACAAACCAGAAGACCAAGACGAACAAUGUCUGUAGCUCAAGUGUGGCAUCACAGAAGAUGGCCGGCACGGCACGGACUCGCGGGAUUACAGAAAAAGAAGCUCUCGGGGUUACAGGUGUCAAAAGACCUUCCUCAGCUGCCGGGCGCUCUUCUAUCGGAGAGAAGCAUCCCAUCACUAGGGCAACCGUUAAGAAGCCUGCUGAUCUCUCCACCCCAGGACGCCCUUCCACUGCCGAAAGACGCCCUGUCACCAGAGGGCGUGCACAGAAGCAAGCCGCUGUCGCCACGCCAUGCCGGCCCUCUACCUCUGAAAGACGCUCCGUCGACAGAGGAAGUGCAGCAAAGCGUUCUGAUGUUGAGGGCACACGUCGGCCCUCUACAGGAGAAAGACGCUCUAUUACCAGGGAUAGUGUGAGAACUCCUAGCAAGACAGCAGGAUCAAGUGUGGCACAUCCAAAGGUUACGAAAACCACUGCGAGCACUCUGAAAAGGCCAGCCCCUCUGAAUGCUACUACUAAAAGUACCAAGCCAGAGCCAAAAAGCAGUAUCAGAGGAUCGAAAGAUGCUUCAACAAUGCACAGUCACUUAACUAGGCCAGCGAGAAUGGACUUGCAAGUGGCUGGCAAACAAAAAUCAAGCUCGGUAAACCUGCCAGCAAGGAAAAUGCUGAGUUCCAGUGUUGGAGAAGCAACUUUUGCAAGGCUGAAAAAGAUAGAGGGCAUUCCGGCGACAGUGCAAUCUCGAGCAUCCACAUCGAAGAAAACAACUCCUUUGCAGGCAGGAAACACCAAGUCCAGGGCACCAAACCCACCGACACCGCCGCCUCCACCACGCCGUCCGUCGAGAACAACGAGCAAACCAACUGUGAGCGGCUCAUCAGUUGGUGGAAGAAAGCCAAAGGCCUCGACACCACAAUGGCAUUGAUGCAAAGGGAGCAUCCAAGCUAGUGGCCUGCGUAAACGGUGGAUCUGCGGGACACCGUACGGUUACACGCAUCUAAAAGCACUGCACGGGCUUUCUGCGCCAUCCAAUUUCAUCGUAUGAUGUCUAUGCGUAUCGACCACUUCCAUCAAGCACCCUCAUCGACCUUCGUUCAGUUUCAAGAAUAUCGUCUGUAGCUCCUACAUGUCUCAUAAGUCAUAUAUAUCCACUGACCACUAGUGAAUACGUACGUACUUAGCUUCGUCGUCCAAGGGACUUUUUUUUUUGUUUGCAGGGGGUCGUCCAAGGGACUUAGAACAGUGUAUACUGUAUAUAAGAUUAGCCGAAAACCUCGGGACAGGAAGAAAUGUGGCAUGUCCAUGAACUCCAUGUGUGGCAUAUAUAUAUCACCAUUGGUGCUGCA